GCAGGAGGAGCCCCGCCUGGACCUGCCCGCCGCCUUCACCGAGCACUGGAAGGGCAUCACCCACUAUUACCUGGAGGCCACAGAUGAAAGCAAGCCUGCGAAGCAGACGGACAUUCCCUGGCACCUGAAACAGAUGCUGGACAUCCUGGUGUACGAGGAGAAGCAGCAGCCGGUGGGGGAGACGGGACCCUGCUUGGAGUACUUGCUUCAACACAAAGUCUUGGAGACCCUCGGCGCCCUGGGGAAAGCUGAGUAUCCUCCAGGGAUGAGAUCCCAGGUGCUCCUUUUCUUCAGCCGCCUGUUGGGACAAAUGCAACACCCUUUGCUGCAUUACCUGAACGUCUACAGGCCUGUCCAGAAGCUCCUUCAGGUCGGUAGUGACACACUAGGCCCUGAUCCUGAGAAGGAAGUGAUCCAGUUUGUUGCUGUGCUGUGCACCAAGAUCAGACAGGACCCUUCUCUGCUCCCUUGCACUCUGGAGGACAAGCCAGCGGGCCAGCCGUUCCGCCCGGGAGGAGCAUCGUUUGGGGCCAAUGCGGCCCCUGCCAGGCCUCUGCCCUCAGGUCUCGAGGAGGCUCCUGAUGGAGUGUCGCCAGCGAGACCGACCUCUCCUGCGCAGAACCUGGUCACCUCUCUGGUCAGCCUGUGCAAGAGCAAGAAGAGGAAGGUGGCUCUGAAGGCGCAGGAGCUGCUGCUGCUGCUCACCAGCAUGGACCACCAAGCAGCCGCCCUGGCCUUGACGCGAGAGGGCAGGCUGGGCCCCCUCCUGGCUGACCGCCUCUGCGCCCUGCUUGAGGCCAUCCCAGCGACCCUCAGCCCUGCUGACCUUCUCACCCUGCCGCCCGUCAGCUGGAGGCUUGUGGGCAGCUCGGCCGAGGACGGGGGUGCCUUCCCAGGACAGCGGGACCUGGAGGCCUUCUUUGGCUGGUUGGAUUUUUGCGACUGCCUCACGAAAGAGGCGCAUCCGGCUGUUGCAGGAGCUGUCAGUGAAGCCGUGGGCCAGAGCCUUUUCCUGGGGAUGUUGCAGCCGCAGCUCUUGCAGAUGGCAGAAGAUGGCAUCCUCCUCUCGACGGCUCUCCUGACCAGCCUGGCAAGGCACAUUAGGGCUCCUGCCCUUCUCCGGGAACUGGUUGUCUUUGUGUUGGGGGACGUGGAGGAGCCUGAGGGCCCCGAUCAGCAGCACCGGCACCUUCUGCGUUCCCACCUGAUUGAGCGCUGCAACCAUCUGUCAGACGAGAUCAGCAGAGCCAGCUUAAGGCUCUUUGAGGAGCUGCUUCGGCUUCCGGACCCACACGUGGUGCAGGCCCUGGUGCUGUGCCACUUGGAGGAGCGCAGCUACGUCCUGAGAAGCCCCUCUGGGCAGGAAGAGCCUCCCGGCCCCCGAGAGGCAGAGCCCUCCGAGGAUGGGCUAGACCUGGAGGAGGAUCCCUAUUUCAUGGAUGGGUUCCCAAGUGUCACCUUCCCGGCCUCCACCGAGCGGGCUCUUCCUGUUCUCAAGCCGCGGGCUCCGUCCGAAGGGCGUACGGACGUCAAAGAGGUGGUCAGCAGCUUCCUUUGCCUCGUUCCCAGCGAAGCCAAAACCUCUGCCUACCUGGAGGAGGCAGGAUACGACGCCUACGUCCAUGACGCGAACACCCUGUUUCGGGAAUGCCGCUCUCAUGCUGUCCAGUGGAACUGGCCUCCGGCUCCUCGGCCCCUGGGGAGCUGCACCCUGGGAGGACCCAGCUUCUACGAGGGCCAUUUCCUGAAGGUCCUCUUUGACCGGCUGACGCGGAUCCUUGACCAGCCCUACGCAGUGAACCUGCAGGUGACGUCCGUGCUCUCCCGCCUGGCGCUCUUCCCUCACCCCCACCUCCACGAGUACCUGCUGGACCCUUACCUUCCACUCGCUCCCGGCUGCAGGAACCUCUUCUCGGUGCUCAUCAGGGUCAUUGGGGACCUGAUGCAGAGGAUCCAUCGAGUGCCCGACUUCCCUGCGAAUCUGCUGCUGGUCCGGAGGCGGCUGAUGGGGCUGGUCCCUGAAGAGCAGCGGAUCAGCCACCAGACGCUCUUGGAAGGGGUGGUGGUGCUUGAGGAGUUCUGCAAGGAGCUGGCCGCCAUCGUCUUUGUCAAGUCCAUGACGGAGGGGCCCCCUUGACCUCCCGUCUGCGGGACGAAGCCAGCUGUGCACACUGUCAGAACAACGGCCGGAGCCUGGGAAUUUCCUGGCCUCUCCAGGGGCUUGGGUGUGCCCCCAGAGGCCCUUCGCGCUCAGGAUCUUGACCGUCACUUCAGAACUGGGCAACCACCACUGCCGCUUCCCUCUCUCUGCAAGAGGAAAGAAGGCCAAACAGCCCUCCCUCCGGUACUCGGAUCGCUUUCCACAAGCCUCGCGCCUCCUUUCCUUAAAAGACAGAAACCUGGCUUGGGGUAACAGGAGUCCAGAGUAAGGAGGGCUCGCUCAACAUCCUCAGAGACACCCUCCCCCCGGGCACUUUCACUCUGGAUGACCUGCAUCGUGUCUCCUCUCUGUGGGACCUCAUUUGAGUGGGACUAAUCUGGUACAAGCAAGGCCACGGAUGAGGGCAGCCGUGGUGAUC